AUGUCUCAGUGGUGUACGCCACUCUCCACAUGGGGCUGGACGGGCUUCUCUCCUCUUCAGCGUGGUCGGAGGCUGCCUCCUUCUCUACUCCCACCACACAGCAGUUCACUGACCCAGAGCCUGAGGGCCACAACUGCUAUGAGGGCUGGGAGGAGGACCUGCUGCCUGAGGAGAGGGAGGUUCCUCUGCUAAACCUCUACCUUACCACCAAGAGAGUGGAGGACAUCGCCCUGAGGCUCGUCUCCUUGCGCCAGGCCUUCACUACCCUGCUUGGUUCCACCCUGAGCAGGAACCAUCUGUUUGUGGCGGGAAAGGUCCUCCUGGGCGGCCUUGUUCAGGCCAACCACAUGGACGAGGCCAAAUUCAUUCGUACCUAUAACGACUUUGUGGACUACCUGAGUGACCCCUCCAAGCGGAAUGACAUUGAGAGGGAGCUGGCUGAGGCAAAGAUCCAUCAUGUGAACAUGAUAGAUGUCCUCUUUGAGCUGGUGCUGUUUGGGUUGAUGACAGCUCAGAAGUCCCUGAUGGUGCACCCUGGUGGGUUCGUGGAGCGUCUGUACGCUCUCCUGUACUCCUUCCUGCCCACUGCUGCCAACAUGGAGCCAGAGGCUGACAGAUACCUGCUGCUGCUCAAUGAUUCUUGUGACACUUUGCCACCCAACAGGGAUCUAGACACCAAUGCACUACAUUACUUUGCACUGAAUUUGACAUUUUUUAAAUAAAAUAAGUUGUAGUUCAAAAACA